AAUAGUAACAACAGGGCUGCUUGGACGGCCCUGACGCUCUUUCCUCCUCCUUGAGACACCUAACGCUUCCCUUUUCCCCUUCGACGUGUUGUUGGUCCCCGACGCGGAUCCUUGGUUUGAAGGGUAAUCAUAGCUGAGGCAUCGAGGGAAGCUCGCAUUCGGUCAUUUCACCAUGUCGAGUUCUAAUUCUACAAGUACGGGCGCAGUUCCGUCGCCGACGACGCCCUCCUCAGCGGCGGCGCCGUCAGCGACGCCAAGCUCCUCUGAUUCCACGAGUUCAAGUGCUGACAACAGUCCCACCACAGCCUCGAGUGUGGAGACUUCCACCCCCUCUGCCUCUUCGAGCACCAGUCUUCCUCUUACUUCUUCCACCACUUCAGAAUCAUCAACCUCCACAUCUGAGACUUCUACAUCGUCUUCCUCGACAACAAGCACAACAAGCACAACAUCUUCUUCGUCCUCAUUCUCAACUCCAACUUCAACAUCAACCUCUUCAUCCACUACAUCUUCGUUCUCAUCCUCGUCCUCGUUUUCAUCCUCGACCUCAUCGGCCCCUCCAACUACCUCCGAAACAUCCUCUGCGCCUCUCACAACAGAGGCCUCAACUAGCACCAACCCGCACUCGACUGUCAUUGUCUACACUACCUUAUCUACACCGGUUUCAUCCUCCCCCACAUCUUCGUCCACAUCUUCGACCGUAAGUUCAGCCCCUGGACUUCAACAAACUUCAGUCAAGAGCUCGGGAGGAGGGGGACUUAGUGGGGGAGGGACAAUUGCAGUUGCCGUCGUUGUACCUAUUGUUGCAGUUGCUCUGAUACUCUUGGCCGGUCUAUUCUUGUGGAGGAAGCGAAAGGCACGGAAGGAUGCUGAAGAAUUGAGGAGGAAGGAGGUGGAAGAGUACGGAUAUAACCCCAACAAUGACCCAACUUUACCUGCUGUAGGUGGUGGCGCUCAUGAUGGUCCAUUCGAGAUGCGAGAAGAGAAUUCGACAGGAUACCGCGGAUGGGGAACUACAGCUGUCGCAUCAUCAGGACGGAAACCCUCAACGACAUUGUCUGGUCCAUCGUCGGGAGGAGGUGGUAUCGGCAUGGCUUACUCGGACCCUGCCUCACCGACACAUGGCACCAUGUCUGAUACUCGAUCAGAUAAUCAACUAAUGGACAAUAGUCCCGGAUCCGGUGAGGAGGAGCCAUUGGGAGCCAUGGGUCCAGCCGUAUCCGGCAAUCGAAAUGGAGAUAUCAAUCGAGGACCCUCCAACGCAUCUUCUUCAUAUAGCGCCGCAAAUAGGUCAGACAACUCAGGGGACGUCGCUGCGGGGGGAGCAUACUACGCCAAUCAGUAUGAUGCCGGAAAUCCAUAUACCGACACGCCAUAUGGCAGCCCGCCAGGACGAGCGGAGAUGUCAGGGCAGCCUGUCAUUCGGGACGUUCAGGCGCGGCGGAACACCCGAAUAGAGAACCCGGCACAUUUUCCACAACAAAGCGCCGGCAUCUCGCAGAACUUCUAGCGGACAUGGUUUUUCAGAGCCAAUUUUGGGCAGCCGCAAAACUACGAGGAGCAGUGGCAACUUCACAUUAAGGGUCAUUUGUACCAUAUCAUUUCCAAAAUACCAUUGGA